UGAAAACCAAGUUGCACAUCUACAGCAUGGUCGGAAGCAUUAAUAUGACAAAAAAAUUGAUCCAGUUUUUAAUUGAUAGUGGCGCACGCCCUGUUCGUAUUCCUGAUGGUGAUUUGCCACCAAAUUUCAUGGAAGAAGACAUCUUCGCACCCUUAAACCGGCUUGCCGCUAGAAACAAGUGGUGGAAGCGGAUGCCGGUAAUGCCCGCGCGCGAACUUACCUCCACGUUAGAGACCGAUAGCGGCAAAUUCCAGAUUUAUCUCGACGUGCAGCACUUUGCUCCAGAAGAGUUAUCGGUGAAGGUGGUAGGCGAGUAUCUCGUGAUUGAGGGGUGUCACGGAGAAAAGAAGGACUCGCACGGGAUCGUGGCUCGUCAAUUCAUUCGCCGCUACCUACCGCCUGAGGGUUGUGACCUCGAUGCGGUGGAGUCGGAGCUGUCUUCAGACGGGGUCCUGAUUGUGUCUGCUCCGUUGACUUGCUCCGCGGCCAACGAGCGGGUGGUGCCGAUCAAACGCACGGGGCCGUUGAAGACCCAGCCUGAGAAGCUGAAGUUGGUCGGCGAUGGUGAGGCAGCCGAGCAGCCCGUGGGCGAUCAGCCCGUCGAGCACCUGGUCGAGCACCUCGUCGAGUACGGCCAGUAAGGGCGUUGCAUCGGGACGUCUGCCAAGCUAUUUAUAGCGAAUGCACUAUUUUCGUUAUUUUUAGCCCCUUUGUCUCUACUAUACCUACUAUCUUGAUAUUUUGAUAAUGUUUUAACUUAUUUUUUCUAAGCUAAAGUUAUACAUUCCAUAUUGCGAUGUUUUAAUUUAAGCUGUGCGUGUGUCUGUGUGCUU